AUGGAAAGACUUAAAUCUCUUAAGAGUAUCCAUCAAAUUCCCAUUAUUGCCAUCCUAGAGCCUUUUUCUGAUAGCAUUCAGAUUCAGUACUUCAGAAAUCAACUCAACAUGGACCAUGCUAUUAGUAAUCCAAAUGGUAAGAUUUGGCUUUUUUGGAACAAGGAUGUAGACUGCAGGAUAUUGGAAAAUGAGGAGCAGUUGAUUACUUGUGAAUUUAAUCAUGUAAUGAAUCCAAAUCAGUUCAUAGUUACCUUUGUAUAUGCAAAAUGCAAAGAUCAUCUCAGAAGACCUCUGUGGGAUAGCAUGCUACAACAGUCAGCCACCUCCCUUCCAUGGUGCACAUUAGGUGAUUUCAAUGUUAUCACAGACCCUCAAGAAAAGUUGGGAGGUGUCACUUACAAUAUGAAAAAGAGCCUUGAGUUCAUCAGCAUCAUAGAAGCCUGUGGACUACAAGAUCUUGGGUUUUGUGGUCAGAGAUACACUUGGUCUAAUCUAAGGGGUAUAAUGUUCAGAAUCUGGAAGAGACUUGACAGAGGAAUGGUCAACGAUAAGUGGCUAGAGAUGAUGCCUCAGACUACCAUUACUCAUCUACCCUCUGUGGGUUCAGAUCACUGCCCCUUACUGCUGGAGAUGACUGAUCAAAACCAACAACACACCAAAUAUUUCAAAUUCCUUAACUGCUGGACAGAACAACCAUCUUUCUUGGAUACUGUUAGUAAUUGCUGGAACAGGACCAUGGAGGGUAAUCCAAUGUGGUGUUUCCAUCAGAAAAUGAAGAGGUUGGCAGCCACUCUUAGUACUUGGUCCAGAUUGCAAUUUGGUGAUAUAUAUGCCAAAGUUAAAGAAUAUGAAGACAAGACUAGACAUGCAGAGGAAGAGCUAAUCUCUAGUAAUUCUGAAGAGAACAGAACAAAGCUCCAUGCCAUCAAUGCAGAGUAUAUAAAAUACCUGAAACUGGAGGAAUCCAUGCUAAAGCAAAAAACUCAGUUGCAUUGGUUCAAAGAGGGUGAUGUGAAUUCCAAGUAUUUUCAUGCCUUGAUAAGAGGAAGGAGGAGGAAAUUAUACAUCCAUAAGAUCCAGAAUGAGGAUGAUAAUUGGGUACAAGGUGAAGAAAACAUAGCCAAAGCUGCAUGUGAACACUUCCAAGCCAUUUUCACUGGUGAGGAGACACAAAUUCAGGAGCAUACCCUCCAAUGUAUUCCCAGGAUGGUCACUGAUGAGCAUAACAGAAACCUGAAAGCUAUCCCUACAAUGGAGGAGUUGAGAACUGUAGUGUUUUUAAUGAAUCCCAAUUCAGCUGCUGGACCUGAUGGAAUGAAUGGUUUCAUUGAUAUGGUAUGGAGAAUUAUGGCUGAUAAUUGGUAUUCCAUCAAUAUUAAUGGUUCAAGGCAUGGAUUCUUUCAUUCCACAAGAGGCCUUAAGCAAGGGGAUCCAUUAUCACCAGCUUUGUUUAUCAUAGGUGCUGAAGUCCUCUCCAGGCUCAUGAACAACCUUCAUCAACACCCCCAAUAUCAUGGUUUCCUGAUGGCUAAAAAGGGCCCUCAAAUUAAUCAUCUCAGUUUUGCAGAUGACAUCAUCAUAUUCUCAUCUGGAAGAUCUCAUACCUUGAAGCUUAUCAUGGAGACACUACAUACCUAUGAGCAUGCUUCAGGCCAAUUGAUCAACAGAGACAAGAGUAACUUCAUGGUACCCUCAAAUGCCUUCAACUCUACUGUUAGAAGAAUCAAGAAAGUUACAGGCUUCAAGCAAAAGAACAGCCCUAUCACAUAUCUGGGGUGUCCUCUUUACAUUGGUAGACAGAGGACCAUCUAUUAUUCUGAGCUUAUAGCUAAAGUUGUGGCUAGGAUAGCUGGAUGGCAGGCAAAAUUAAUUAGUUAUGGAGGAAGAGUUACUUUGAUUAAGCAUGUCAUCCAAGCACUUCCUAUUCACUUGUUAUCUGCUAGUUCCCCUCCUGCAACCACUAUCAAGCAAAUUCAAAGCAUCACAGCCAAUUUCUUCUGGGGGUGGAAGAAUGAAAGGAGGAAAUAUCAUUGGUCUUCUUGGAAGAAUCUGAGUUAUCCCUAUGAAGAGGGUGGUAUUGGAGUGAGACUAAUAUCAGAUGUUGCCAAGUCUUUCCAAUACAAACAAUGGUGGAUAUUCAGAACUAAGAAUUCCUUAUGGAGUGAGUUCCUCAAAGCUAAGUACUGUCAGAGGUCAAAUCCUAUAACCAAAAAAUGGCACACAGGACAGUCUCUGAUAUGGAAGCACCUCAUGAAGAACAAGCACAAUGUUGAGCCUCAUAUCCAAUGGCAGAUACAGUCUGGUUCUUGCCUCUUUUGGUGGGAUAAUUGGUUGGGAGUUGGCCCCUUAGCUAAUUUCAGGUCAGCCAGUAGUAGACAGAACAAUACUAAGGUGUCUUCUUUCAUGAUUAAUGGUCAAUGGAAUGCAGAACUGGUCUCUCAGAAAGCACCUCCUCAGUUUGUACCUAGCAUCCUGGCAAGUAACAUCAACUAUCAGCCCCACAAACUUGAUCAGGCCUCUUGGAAGCCUAAUAGCAGUGGGGAAUUUAGUUGUUCUUCUGCCUGGGAACUUAUCAGGGACAAAAGGAGUAAGACAAGAAUUAACUCUCAAACAUGGCACAAACACAUUCCUUUUAAGUGUUCCUUCCUACUCUGGAGAGCACUUAGAGGGAAACUACCUACUAAUGAAAAACUUAUCAGCUUUGGAGAAGCCCCAGCCCAAUGUUACUGUUGCCAUAGAGCUGGUUUGGAUACCAUUGACCAUAUAUUUGUUUCUGGAAACUUUGCCAGGAAGGUUUGGAGUGUAUUUUCUGAUUCUUUGGGUAUUAGUAAAGAAUACACACCCCUUAGAAACCUGAUGAUGAGGUGGUGGUCCAGUAAUUACAGUAAUGAGGUCCAUAAACUUAUCCUACAAGCAACUCCAAUCUUCAUAUGUUGGAACCUAUGGAAAAAUAGAUGUGCCAUCAAAUAUGGAGGGAAGCAGUCCAAUAUUACAAGAGUGAUCUACUCAGUCUUCAAGGAUAACUUCAACCUUCUAAGCACUACCUACUCCUAUAUCAGCUGGCCAAAUAGAUGGAAGGAACUGGUCCUUCUUGUGGAAAAAUGUACUAAUGAAGUUAAUGUUAGUACUGUCUACUGGAGGAAACCUUCAGCUCACAUGGUGAAGCUGAACACUGAUGGUAGUGCACUUCACAACCCUGGAAAAAUAGGAGGGGGAGGAUUGCUAAGGAACAAUCAAGGAGAUCUUCUCUUUGCUUUCUCAACCCCUUUUGGAGAAGGUACAAACAACCAAUCUGAAAUAUUGGCAGCCAUCUUUGGUUUGACUUGGUGUCUCCAAUUAGGAUAUACUAAAGUGAUCCUUGAAGUGGACUCUGAGCUAGUAAUCAGAUGGAUAAAACACCUAGCUCAACCACCAUGGACUGUCAGAACACAACUCCAACAACUGCAGGACAUCAGUCAUCAAUUCCAGGUUUUCAAAUGCAGCCACACUUACAGAGAAGCCAAUUUUACAGCUGAUGUUUUGUCCAAACAUAGCCACAAAUGCACUACUCCACAGAUAUAUCUCAAUAAACAAGAGCUUCCCAAAGAGGCAAGAGCUUACUUUGAGCUUGACAAACUGGAAAUGGCCAACUUCAGAAGAAGAAGGCUUAAGAGAAUCAAGAAGCCACCAUGA